AUGGCUGAGAACGAGCAAUUUCUUUCCGAGCCGCAUCCUGCCAGUGGUGCUCAACUGGCUACGACUUCCAAAGAUCCAAUCUCAAAGUGGGAUUCGCUUAUUCUUGACACCUGGUUCUGGGAAAUCAUCUCACUGGGAUUCAGUAUCACUCUUUUUAUCGUCAUCGUCGUUUUCCUAAAGGUUUAUGACCAACAUGAAAUGCCCACCUUCCCAUUAGGCCUGACGCUGAAUACCAUCGUGUCUAUUCUGGCGACUGGCUCCAAGUCGUCCCUUCUUUGUAUGAUCAGCACGUCUAUUGGCCAGUUGAAAUGGAUCUGGUUUCAAGCAAAGAAGCGUCCGCUCUAUGAUAUGCAAUAUUUCGAUGAUGCCAGUCGAGGACCCUGGGGCUCUAUGCAAGUGUUGACGACGGGGCCACGUCAAGGAAACAUCCUUCUAUCAAUUGGAGCUAUCAUCACCAUUAUGGCUCUCACAUUUGGUCCUUUCAUGCAACAGAUAGUCAGGUUUCCUGUUAGACAGGCCAUCGGCGACCAUAGCAACGCAACGGCGAAGCAGGCGAUACUUCCUUUUCCGGAAAUAGACGAAGUCGAUGAUACCCUAUUGAUGGCAAUGGAGGCCGGGGUGUGGUCGACGACUGGCUUUGUGCCAUCUCCUUCAUGUCCAUCAGGGAAUUGCACCUGGUCUUCCUUCAAAUCUGCGGGCUGGUGCAGCAAAUGCGAAAAUGUCACCUCUAAAACGGCCAGCGUUGGCUGUGACAUCACUUCGUUCAAUACCAGCAGACAUGAAGAUCAAACUGUACCCUGCAAAAUUACCUUCCCGGACGGGUCUUGGAUUACCAGUGAUUUUCUAGGUGUUUGGAACAAAACUGCCCAAGGUUUGGUAAUAAGCAUCCCAUAUAUCCAGCUGAAAAGUGUCAACGACCAAAAAGGGCCAUAUCUGAACCAGACUAUCUUGGGAGUAUACAGCCCGUUGUCAGUGCUGGCCUAUGUUCAGUGGCAGUGGUAUACAACAUUACUGGAGCCAUCCUACUCCGUCAAUUCGCUACAGAGAUCAAUCAAAGUCUCUCAAGCCAUAGAAUGCGUCUUGUCCCCAUGUGUGAGAGCAUACAAUAUUUCAGUCUCUAUGGGCGUCUUGUCAAUCCAACACUCGCCGCCAGACUUUGGCGAAAUCUUUCAUCCCGAAUGUUAUCCUGGCAUGGAUGUUACAUUACAGCAGUUUGAUCAGGGGUUAGUUGGUCACUAUGUCACGGAACAAUACACAUCUUGGGAAGCCAGAACACGCUGAUUCUAUUGAUAUUUUCACAACUCCUGAAAAUCGGGCGAUCAAGUCUAACUUCUGGAACGACGGCACCAGAUUUGCAGUUUGCCCAGUCAUGGCAGAUCUGACAGAGGAAUAUUUAGGCGGAGAGUUAAUCGCAGAAUUUCAAUACGAUAUCGUGAAUAACACAUGGCAUAAUUUCAACCAACCGAUGCCUGUUUCCCCGCUCAAGACUUUAUUGAGUGUGGAACACUCCAGUUUCAGUGAUGUCAUAGGAAAUGUUGCAGCAUCAAU